AUUUGACAACCGAAACUUAAUUUUAACACUUCCCUCUCUUUCUCUUUCAUCCGCAUUACUCUGACCUUUUUCUUUUGUGAGAAUCCUCCUUCCCAUCUUCUAUUCCUUCCAUUCGCUGCAUUGCCUCGGAUUUGCCGCAAAAAGGAGGUUGAUUUUUAUUAUUUGUUUUCUUCUUCUUUCUCCUCUGGCUAGAAUUAGCAAGCACGCUAGAUUUGAGCUUUUGCUAACGAAGAUCUCAACCACUCAUGUCGCUGAAGUGACGUCUUGAAGGGAGUUUCAGGGAUCUCGCAGAGCCUUGCAGAUCUUUGCAAUUCCUGAGGUUUCUUCUGCUGGGCAUAGUUUGGUCAAUGAUGGGUUGGAGAUACAAGGCUGGUUUGUUCCUUAUAGCCGCCGUUGUUCUGAUUUGGGUCACCUCGGCUGAAGUCACUCAGGAUAUUUUCACAGAUUACAAGCAGCCAUUUGCAGUGACAUAUCUUGGAGCUUCUCUCAUGGUAGUUUACCUCCCGCUUGCAUUCAUUAAGGACUGGUUGUGUAAUCUCCUUAAACGCCACUCUUCUAAAACUGGUAAGAAUGUGGAAAGCAAGGAUGAGCCUUCUUCUGGGAUUGUUUCUCCUCUCAAAGGCAAUGGAGUGCAGAAACAGUUUGAACUGGAAAUAUUAAAAGAUAGUGAAUUAGACCUUUCAGCUCUUGCAGAAGGAAAGCCGUUAAUAGCUAGACACAGUGACAAGCACGUGCUAAAGGCAGAGAAGGAACUUACUUCUUGGGAAAUUGCUAGUUAUGGAUUUGUCAUUGCCCCUAUCUGGUUUUUGACAGAGUAUCUAUCAAAUGCUGCCCUUGCACGGACUAGUGUUGCAAGUACAACAGUAUUAUCAUCUACUUCAGGACUUUUCACUCUUUUCAUUGGUGCAUCCAUGGGUCAAGACUCUUUAAAUGUUUCCAAAGUAGUUGCUGUGUUUGUCAGUAUGGCUGGGGUUGUCAUGACGACUCUGGGGAAAACUUGGGCUGCAGACGAGUCACAAUACAGUGCUGACAAUGAGAAACGCUCUCUGAUUGGAGAUCUUUUCGGCCUUCUCUCAGCCAUCACAUAUGGUCUCUUUACUGUUCUUCUGAAAAAAUUCUCUGGUGAAGAGGGAGAAAGGGUUGAUGUGCAAAAGCUAUUUGGAUACAUCGGAUUGUUUACACUUGUUGCCCUAUGGUGGCUUAUAUGGCCACUGACAGCCUUGGGAAUAGAGCCUAAAUUUACGAUUCCCCACUCUGCUAAAUUGGAAGAAGUGGUUCUUGCUAAUGGAUUUGUUGGAAGCGUACUCUCGGACUAUUUAUGGGCACUUAGUGUUGUAUGGACUACCCCCCUUGUGGCCACUCUGGGCAUGUCACUCACCAUUCCUCUGGCUAUGGUGGCUGACAUGGUCAUCCAUGGUCGGCACUAUUCAGCAAUAUAUAUUCUAGGCUCAGCUCAGGUGUUUGCAGGUUUUGUGAUAGCUAAUGUUUCAGACUGGUUCACAAAGAAGUUGGGUUUGUAGCGUUUUGUGUUGAACCGUAUCCUAAUCUCUCUAAAAACACAUUCUUUUACUGGGCGGUCCACUGUCCUGGUUGGGUGCUGCGCCACAAAUGCCUCGGUCCUGGUUUGGCAUCCUCAUAAAAGAAAUAAAGGGAAGAAAGAGGACAAGAGUGUGUAUAUUUCAUACUGUAUUCGUUGGCUGUGUAUAUGAUUCUAGAGUGAGCUGGUAUUUGCUGUGACAUUUAUGGACAUCAUUAGGUCGUGCUGUUAGCAAGCCUGUUUCUGUUUGUUAUUUUCACAUACGUAAAUCGUCAAAUUCAAUUUUCCAGUUCAUUCUUUUGCUUUUGA